AAGUAAGCCAUUUGACGAUAUCAACUUCCGCUACAUUGUUAGCUUUGGCUAAGGACUAAUUGGGAGUUUCGCAAGAGCCUAUGACUAUCAUCUUCUUACUUUAGCCGGGUUAGUACAAUGAAAUACUAUCGAAGUAUGAUAAAGAACGCAUCCUGCAUCAAAGUUAACGUAGGCAAAUAUGUGCUUCUUAAUGCCAGAGAAAUUCCUGUUUCAAUGAGGAACAGACACAUUGCUGAUUAUGCUGGUCGUUUGUUUUCGCAAAUAUCCAGACCUCACUUCACCUUGACAGCGAGUUCAGCAACUUUUGGCACUGUAUGUGGCUUCGCCAGCAGCCGAAGGCAUUUUUCAGCAAGGCCUCAGCCUAAAUCCAGGACACACUACUACGAUGUUCUUGGUGUGACUCCACGUUCGACUCAAGCUGAGAUCAAGUCUGCAUAUUACAUGCGAUCAAAACAGCUUCACCCUGACUUGAAUAAGGAGGAGACUGCACAGACCAAGUUUUCGGAAUUAUCCGAAGCUUAUGAAGUCCUGGGCAACACAAACAAGAGACGACUGUAUGAUCACGGGGCGGGUUUCCGGAACAGGGAACAUGUACAUGAAGCAGCCUCUGCUGCUGCUGAGGAGGUGAACUACACACGACCGUUUCGUGAAGGGAGACGGUUUGGCUUUGAGCGACGCGAACCCCCAACAGGUUGGACUGCCCAGUUUAAUUUUGACGAAUUCUACAAGCAGCAUUAUGGUGCAUCUUUCCAAAGGGAGAAAAAUGAACGAAAACUGUUCGAGGAGAUGAUGGCAGCAAAAGAGAGGGAUAUACUUCAGCAACAGGGUCGAAUGCAUUUAGCAUACAUUUUUAUAAUGUGCGCUAUUGCAUAUUUCAUGUUCAGUGAAAAGAACGGGAAAAACAAAAGUGGCAAGAAAAUGUGACGUAGUUUUAGAAGACUGUGAUAGAUACACUUCUGGCAAGUGACCAAAUUACUGAAAUAAGGAUCACAACUGUGAUAUUGAUAUAGUGGUGUUCAGUGACUUCAGACUUCUGUAAUUAGCUAACGGGAAAUCACUGCUGUAAGUGGUGAAUGGAGAGAUGAGACUAAAUGGUGUUUGUGCAGUGUCUGUCAUGGUCCUUAUAUUUCAUAUGUAUAAACAAAUGAUGUUGCAAUUUUAACUAGCUGAGGUAAAAUGGGAAUGAUUAGUUAAUUUGGUAGUCACGCACUGGAAUCAAGAGCAGCUACAAAACUUGCUGCUUUUUUGUUCUUUGUUGACUAAUGAUGUACAUUGUCCUUUUGGUAUGGAAACUUUAUAUGUGAUACCAUAAAUCUGCCUUUGUACUGCUGUGGCCUAAAAAACUAUGUGGACACAGGCAGACUUAGGAGUUACUACAGCUUCUUGAAUUUGUAUUAUUUUGUAUUCUUCAGAUGUGUUAAAAAAAACAAACAUGGGAAAUCAUGUUGACUUUCAGGUAACAUUUCUUUUAGAAUAUUAUUCCUAGCAGCUGAAAAAGCGAUGCUUUAGCAAGUGGACUAAUGUACUAAUGUUUACAGUAAAGAACAUUUUUAAUGACAUAUCAUUUAGCUGUCUUUUAUUAUUGUGUUUUUGUGAUCACAGACCUAUGAACCACACUGCAUAGGGGUCUUGCCUCCCUUUUGCAUCAUUUUAAGAGUGCCCAAUGGUGCAAAGGAACUGUUACUGAAAAAUGCAGAUUAUGGAUCGUGGAUUCAUUUCUCACCUCUAGCAUUUGUGAUUCUGUCGGGUUGUGGCACCUGUUUACCAGGCUAGAUUAGUUUUCUGUAAUGUAGCCCCCAUUAAUGACUGGACAUAAAACACCAAUGACUCCAGUUUGAGAAAGACUCGUGGAAUAUAGUCCCCCUUACAUCAGGUGUGUUAGUCAUUUCUCUCAUGUUCGUACAAUGUGGUGUUAAAUUUAAAACAACUUUUGUUUUCACAUUAAAUGUUGCCCAGUAUUUGAUUUAUACUCUGUGCUGAUUCUCAAAAUAAAUAUUAAAGAAUAGUGUAAUUGUAUUAAACAUCAAAAUAUA